CGCGCUCGCGUGAGGCAGUGGAGUUGAGCGCGAUGUGGAGUGGCUGCGCCCUCCGCGCGGCGCUCUCCCGCGGCCACCGCGCGCACUCAGCCCUGGCUCAGUUGCGUGGCAUUCUGGAGAAGGAGCUGGAAGGAAUCCGCGAGGCUGGCACCUGGAAGAGCGAGCGGGUCAUCACGUCGCGCCAGGGGCCGCGCAUCCACGUGGAAAACGUCUCCGGAGGAAUCCUUAACUUCUGUGCCAACAAUUAUCUGGGCCUGUGCAGCCAUCCCGAAGUGAUCCAGGCAGGUCUGCAGGCCCUGGAGGAGUUUGGAGCCGGCCUUAGCUCUGUCCGCUUCAUCUGUGGAACCCAGAGCAUCCACAAGGAUCUAGAAGCAAAGCUAGCCCGCUUCCACCAGCGGGAGGAUGCCAUCCUCUAUCCCAGCUGUUUUGAUGCCAACGCUGGCCUCUUUGAGGCCCUACUGACACCAGAGGAUGCAGUUGUGUCAGACGAGCUGAACCAUGCCUCCAUCAUCGAUGGCAUCCGUCUGUGCAAGGCCCACAAGUACCGCUACCGCCACCUGGACAUGGCCGACCUGGAGGCCAAGCUGCAGGAGGCCCAGAAGCAUCGACUACGCCUGGUGGCCACUGACGGGGCCUUUUCCAUGGAUGGUGACAUUGCGCCCCUGAAAGAGAUCUGCCUCCUCGCCUCUCGAUACGGUGCCCUAGUCUUUGUGGAUGAAUGUCACGCCACUGGCUUCCUGGGGGCUACAGGACGGGGCACGGAUGAGCUGCUGGGCAUGAUGGACCAGGUCACCAUCAUCAACUCCACACUGGGGAAGGCGCUGGGAGGAGCGUCAGGGGGCUACACGACAGGGCCUAGGGCCCUGAUAUCCCUGCUACGGCAGCGCUCCCGGCCCUACCUCUUCUCCAACAGCCUGCCACCUGCCGUCGUUGGCUGUGCCUCCAAGGCCCUGGACCUGCUCAUGGAGAAUAACGCCAUUGUACAGUCUAUGGCCACCAAGACCCAGCGGUUCCGCAGUAAGAUGGAGGCUGCUGGCUUCACCAUCUCAGGAGCCAAUCACCCCAUCUGCCCCGUGAUGCUGGGUGAUGCUCGGCUGGCCUCUUGCAUGGCAGAUGACAUGUUAAAGAGAGGCAUCUUUGUCAUCGGGUUCAGCUACCCAGUGGUUCCCAAGGGCAAGGCCCGGAUCCGGGUUCAGAUCUCAGCAGUGCACAGCGAGGAGGACAUCGACCGCUGCGUGGACGCCUUCGUGGAGGUGGGGCGGCUGCACGGGGCACUGUCCUGAGCCCUGGGUUGUGACAAGCAGAGCCAAGGUCCCCCUCGCUCCACAGCGACAAAAGUCCAGAGGCUCUGAGCCCUGUCAGAGUCCUGGGGUCGUGCUGGGGCAAGUCCUGUGCUUGUGGCUGUGUGUGAAGCAACAGUGUGGAAAUUGGUUGUUA